AUGACGGGCACCCUCGACUUCUGGCCGACCGAUGUCAAUCCGCCAGGCACCAUCGAAGAGUGUCCAGUUCAACAACAGUCAAACUCCAACGCGGUUGGACCAACCCUGCGGCAGGGAGCAGCGGCAUCUGCGCCAUCAUCCAUGGAUGAGAACAGCUGCACCUCGUCCGAAACCACGUCACGAAACCCUGCCUCGGGCGUGAUGGAUACCAAUCUGCAUACGAGCAACCUGGAGUUCUAUGGUUCGGCCUCAUCGGUCGCAUUUCUCCGCCACGUGGAGACAUUGUCGAAUUAUCAAGGCGCAAGUAGUACUGUGGCUGGACCACCGGAACGCGAGUUGGCUUCUCUCAUACACAACACCGAUUUCCAGCCGCACACGUCGCACAGUAUGGCAGUGUCACCACGAGAGGCCGGCCCGAAUCCUGACCGCUUCCACUUCCGCGUGGCCAGGCGAUUCCUCGACGCUUACUUCUCCAACGUGCAUUACAUCCAGCCAUUGUUAGAAGAAGAGGAGUUUCUUGCGCGCUGCGAGGAUCUGUGGUUCAACAGACCAGGCAAACAGCCUUUGUCCUUUAUUGCUCUUUAUUAUGCCACCUUGAGUUUGGGCAGCCUUUUGACCAAGUUCGAAACCCCCGAAAUAUCUGGGGCCGAUCGGUUCACGUGGAGUCGCAACCUGUUUAACGCCGCACUUGCUAUCACGACACGACUUGGCACCGUAACCGACGUGGAAAUGGUCCAGUGUUUUUAUAUGAUGAGCAAAGUAUGCCAGCACGAGCUUAAUCCUCACGUUGCAUAUCUCUAUUCCGGCCAAGCGGCAAGAACCUCGUUGGCAAUCGGGAUCAAUCGGAGCCCCAUCAGUCCAGAUAUCACUGACCCGCGGGCGUCAAAGCCAGCAUCAAAAACGUGGUGGGCCGUGUACUGCCUUGACAUUCAGACCAGCUUUGCCUUAGGGAGACCCGACAGUCUCGGUCCAGAUCAAUAUCACACCCAACAUUUUCCCACGGCGGAUCCCGGAGAGUCGACAUCGAGCCCUCACCCUGAUGUUCUGCAAAUUGUUCCAUGCAUGGUCGGCCUGUCGCGCAUUAUGCGCAAGGUAGCCCUCGAGCUGUACACGCAGCCGUGCGGAAUGGAAUACAAACUCCCUCAAGCGAAAACACUCGACGACGAGUUGGAGCACUGGCUCGAACAAGUUCCCGCCCAUCUUCGAUCUGAGCCUCCAAGUGCCUCCGACCCUUCCCUUCUCAAACCGCGGCGUCUCGCCAGCUACAUCAAGAAGCAGUCUGUGGUGCUACGACUCCGCUACCUCAAUCUUCGCAUGGUGAUUCAUGCGGUAUUCAUGACCGACACGAAGACGGACACGCAGUACGACAUUGCGUGCCUUCAAAAAUGCCAGUCUCGGUGUAUCCAAUCCGCGGAAGAUGCGAUCGAUUUGAUCUACUCGACAUUUUGCUCCAGCGACUACUUCCAGACCUGGUGGUACAACUCGACGUAUACUCUGUUUGCGGUCAGCGUCCUCCUCGCCGUGGUUUUUCGGCAGCUGGCGAGAACCCAGCAGGCACUCGAGAGCCUGUUUGCACACAUUGACCGUGCGAUCCUAAUCCUCCAAGCCAUGGAUGACUGUUCAGUCGCCAGGAAUGCGACCGCGAUCAUCAAGCGAACCCUCGCUCGAGCCAAAAAGGUGCCCCAGCCGGCAUUGGGGGCACAACAGUCCUCAUCAUUCCAAGAUGCAGACCUUCACGGCACGCUACGUCCUCCCGUUGAUGCGAAUCCUCGACCCCAACCUGAGGACGUCGACACACUGUUUCAGCCCCAAGUUAUGGACGGUGAUGAUCUAGAUUGGCUGGACGUAUAUCCUUUCGACGACAGCCAGCAGGCUUUGUUCUGGACAGAGUGGGCUCAUGAGCUUGACACUCUUGGAACAUAG